AUGGCGUCCACAAGAAGGUCGUUCCUGGCUCUCUUUCUGUUGGUGGUGCUUGGAUCAUCCAUUGCCACAGUUGAGGAAGAGAACUCAGAGUUCUGGAGGUCACAGGCGAGGAAGACACUGCAGGCAGCACUAGACAGGAAGCUGAACACCAACGUUGCCAAGAACAUCCUGUUUUUCCUUGGAGAUGGUAUGGGACUCACAACCCUCACAGCAGCUCGUAUUCUCAAGGGACAGCUGGAGAACCAGCCAGGGGAGGAGACAGUGAUGACUAUGGACACCUUCCCCAAUGUGGGGCUGGCCAAGACCUACAGUGUGGACUUCCAGGUUGCAGACAGCGCAGCCACAGCCACAGCCUAUCUGUGUGGGGUGAAAACCAACCUGAACAUCGUUGGAGUGAAUGCGGCGGGUCGCAACGGAGUAUGCAGAACUCAGAAGGGCAACGAGGUGACGUCCAUCUUGAAGUGGGCCAAAGAUGCUGGCAAGUCUGUGGGCAUCGUAACAACCACGAGGGUGCAACACGCCACCCCAGCAGGCAGCUACGCCCACAGUGCCAGCAGGACGUGGUACAGUGAUGCCGAUAUGCCUGAUUCUGCUAAGACGGACGGCUGCACGGAUAUCUCAUUCCAGCUCAUCAACAACACAGACAUUGAUGUGAUCAUUGGCGGCGGUAGAAAGUACAUGACCCCUACUGGUACCAAGGACCCUGAAUACCCCACAGACUACUUUUCAAACGGUGAAAGAAAGGAUGGGCGUGACCUGAUCAAAGAGUGGCAGAACUUAAAAACUGGGAAGGUUGCCCACUAUGUGUGGAAUAAAGCAGAUUUUGACGCUGUGGACCCUGAAACCACUGACUACCUCAUGGCUCUGUUCGAACCUGGUGAUCUCCGCUACGAGGAGGAGAGGGACCCGAGCACGGAUCCGUCCAUCAUCGAGACCACAGAAAAGGCCAUCCGCAUCCUACAGAAAAACCCUAAAGGCUUCUUCCUGUUAGUGGAGGGUGGGCGUAUUGACCAGGCUCACCAUGCUGGGCGGGCCUCCAUGGCCCUGCAUGAGGCGGUUGCUUUUGACCGUGCUAUCGCUAAGGGCCUCGAACUCACCGAAGAGCAUGAAACUCUCACUGUAGUGAUGGCUGACCACUCUCAGCCUCUUACCUUCAAUGGCUUCCCCUUUCGUGGGAACAGCAUUCUGGGUAAAUCUCCACUGUGGGCAAGUGACAUGUUGCCUUAUACCACGCUCAUGUACGGCAAUGGACCUGGGCACAAAAUCGUUAAUGGCGCACGCCCUGACAUCCGCAAUGUUGACACCAAAUCUAAAGACUACAUCCAGCAGGCAGCUGUCCCCGUAGAUACAACAACCCACAGUGGAGAGGAUGUGGCAGUGCUGGCCCGUGGACCCAUGGCCCACCUCUUCCAGGGUGUCAACGAGCAGAACUAUAUUGCCCAUGCCAUGGGCUACGCUGCCUGCGUGGGUGCUGACCUAAGGCACUGUGAGGGGCAAACUACACCACCUUUGGUUCACAUAACCCUUGAAUAUAACAAGAACGGGGCCAGAGCAGUUAGUGCCUCAGCAGCUUUGCUCGGUAACUUCCUGAGCGUGCUGUUGGCCAUCACAGUCCUCAUGUAA